AUGCAAUCAUCAUCCCAGAGCAACUCAGCACAUUCUGUCGUUAUUAUUGGCGCAGGCCCCGUCGUACUUUUCACUGCGCUGCUCCUUGCGAAAUCGGGCAUCAAGGUCUCAGUCUACGAGACGAGAAGUGGGAUAGAUACGUCUCCCAGAGCUGUGGCGUAUUUCCCUGCAGUGCUGGAGGAGUUUUCCAAAGUUGGAGCGCUUGAAGCCGUUGUCACAGCUGGAGAGAAGAACAAUGAGGGUUGCUACUGGAGGGAUAAGGAUGGAAACAUCAUUUAUGGACUUGAGCCGCCCAGGGAUGAUUCCCACUUUGUUGUAAUGCUAUCUCAGCCCGAACUUUGCCAAGUAAUUUUGGAAGCCAUCGAGGUAACCGGGAAUGCUCGGGUCCAUUUUAGGCAUACGUUCCAACGCCUGCAGCAAGGUAAUAGGUUUGUUGAUUAUUGGAUCAAAAACGAAAAUGAUGGCAGUGAGACUAAAAGUCGGUGUUUAUACCUUGUGGGCGCAGAUGGCGGCCGAAGCACCAUUAGGCGCAGUCUAGGCGUCCAACUCGAAGGCCACACCUGGGAAGAUAUGCUGUUCGUCGCUGUCAACUUUCAGUACCACCUUGGAAACCAUGGGUGGAAGGGUGCGAAUUUCAUCAUCGACCCUGAGGAAUGGUGUAUCAUUGUCAAGCGAGGCAAAGGGUCGAGCUGGCGGAUGGCGACCGGGAUCAGGAAGGAUUCAGCCAGCAAGGUUAAUACUCUGGAUGAAGCCACCAUCAAACGGAUCAAGGACAGACUAGCUCAUCUACUCCCUGGAGACACAAGCACAAUCGAAUAUGAGGCGAUGGCACCCUAUAUUGUCCAUCAGCGAUGCGCUACUGAAUUCGUGCAGGGAAAUGUCAUCUUGGCUAGAGACGCCGCUCACCAGACAUUGUUGAACAAUCCUGUCGGUGGCCUUGGUUUGACCACCGGUCUUCUUGAUGCUGCACACCUCGGCGUAUCCCUACGCCGGAUCCUAAACGAGGGUGCCAGCACGGAAUUGCCCGAUGUUUACAACAACGCCAGGCGGAGAGUCUUCCGUGAACGCACGGAUCCAAUUUCGACGGCGAACUUUUUUAGACUGAUGUCUGACAAGCCGGAAGAUAACAAGAAAAGGGCAGAGUUCUUCAAAAGGCUUCAUGACCCGAAUGACUUUAGCUUCAAGCUUCAAGGCGGUCUCCCGGACUUUGCCUUGACGACCACCUCCAACACCAAGUUUGACACAUACCUUUAG